GUAACUAUUGUAUAUGUACAGUGUGACCAACCAUCAAUGGCCGCCGAAUCAAGUCCAUUUCGCUCGAAUCUCUUUCAGCCCAUCCCUCCUCGUGGAAGCGAACAGCAAACUACCCCCAAAAAGUCGCAUCUCCAUCCGCUCCAUCAUCAUGCUCACAAACAUCACCACCGCCAUUCCUCGCGGCAUGCUGCCAAAGAAGCCGUGCAAUCUGCUAUCCAGCUACAUCCGCCGACCAGCUUUGGCGACUUGCUGAACAAGGCAAAAAGCAGUGGUUCCAGCACCCCCGCGCACAGCGCUAGUCGGAGAGAGAGCAUACAAGAAGGGAAAGCGGAUGUAUCCAAGGAACAACCAAAACCUCAAGAGAUGCGGAAGCCAGUUCGGCAAAAGGAUGUAGAAGCUGAAAAGAAGAUGGUCCAGAUAAGAGAGGAGGAGCUUCGGUGCUCGCUGCAGAACCUAUCCGACCAGUCGCUGAAGACAUCCCGCCUCCUCGAUGAUACAUAUUAUUCCCUUCUGGAGAAAAUGUCCACUCUCCACCAGACGCUUGGAAAUCUACAGGAUCUCGCCAGUUUGACAAAGGAGCUCCACGAGAAUUUCGAUGCGGACACAAAGGAAAUCACAGACGACAUCAGAGGCCAGUAUGAGGGCUUCAAAGAUUUCCAAGACCAGGAUGAGCAGAUUGCAGCGCUGGAAGCAAGACUACAUGCUGGACGAGAUAAAGCAAAUGACUUGAAUGCGCGACUUGCGGAAGCACGAAGCUGCGUCGAGGCUCGUGCAAAGUCAGAAGCCGAGUUAGAAUUGCGGAAUACACGUCGUGUGCGCAUGAUGUGGGGCAUCAUUGGGACGAUUGGUGCUCUGAUAUUGGCAAUGAUGCUCUUUCAGCGUUUCAGACCUACACACCCUGAACUGGACAGAAACUCCCCAUUAGACCUUGCCUCGAGACAAAAGCUACUCGAAGCGCCAAUAUCAAAUGAAGCGAAAGAGGCGUUGUGCGGCAAUCCGGUCUAUACGAUUAGUGCACCGAUGGACAGCACGGCAAGACCCACAGCUUCGAGAUGA